AAAAAUCGAACCCGAACGCGUAAAACUUGAAAACCGACUAUGGCCUUUCACGUAGCUUGUCCAAUUACAUGCCGGAAAAUUUGCUUCUGCGUUUUGGGGUUUCCUCGGAAUCUUCAUGGUAAAGAAGUCAAGGAUGUGUUUCUCAACCAGAUCCAUUCUGUUGAAGAGUGCUUGCUAAAUCCCUGGAAUGCUGAGGUUUCCAAGGACGGUACCGUUCAGAUCCAUGUGCCUAAGCUUGCUGUUUUCGAUACUGGUCCUCGCAUUGCGGCUAGAAAUGUUGGUGUUGGGAAUGAUUCUGCGAUGGAGGUUGUUGCUGCAUCAUCGAAUUUGGUACCAGCUAAACGUACGUUGGUGUUGCAGAAGAAAGUAGUGGAAGAUUAUGCUGUGAAUGAUGGUUCUGGCGACUUAGAGGUUUCUGUCAAAGAGCUCAAUGUAGAAGAUCAUGAUCAUCACAGUGCAAGCGUAACAUGUCACAUGUGCUAUUUGGUUGAAGUUGGCAAGAGUGAGAGGGCCAAGAUGCUUUCUUGCAAAUGUUGUGGCAAGAAGUAUCAUAGAAACUGCUUGAAGUCUUGGGCUCAACAUAGAGAUCUGUUUAAUUGGAGCUCUUGGGCGUGCCCCUCUUGCCGAAUCUGUGAGGGCUGCGGGACUUUAGGAGAUCCAAAGAAGUUUAUGUUCUGCAAAAGAUGUGAUGAUGCAUAUCAUUGUGAUUGCCAACAACCUCGGCACAAGAACGUUAGUUCUGGACCCUAUUUGUGUCCUAAGCACACCAAAUGUUACAGCUGUGGGUCUACAGUCCCUGGGAAUGGCCAGAGCUUACGGUGGUUUUUGGGGCAUACUUGUUGUGAUGCUUGUGGAAGGUUGUUUGUUAAGGGAAAUUAUUGUCCUGUAUGUUUGAAGGUUUACAGGGACUCAGAAGCAACACCAAUGGUGUGUUGUGACUUUUGCCAGCGCUGGGUUCAUUGCCACUGUGAUGGAAUUAGCGAUGAGAAAUAUAUGCAGUUUCAAGUGGAUGGGAAUCUUCAAUACAAAUGUUCUACUUGUCGUGGGGAAUGCUACCAGGUCAAGGAUCUUGAGGAUGCUGUACAAGAAAUUUGGAAGCGAAAAGAUAUGGCUGAUAAAGAGCUAAUUGCUAGCCUGAAAGCUAGUGCUCGGGUUGUUGGGCAAACUAGUGGUGCCCCUCUUGUGAAUCAGCCUGGCUCUGUGGAAAGAAAAGUUUCUGAAAAGGCUAAGGUCAAUGGUGAAGAAGAGAAGCCAUUGAGAGUUCUCAGGAUAAAAAGUAGCAGGACUCAAGAUUCAGAUAGUGAGAAAUUUGGAAAACACGCUACAGAGCUGAACACUGUGAAGGCGAAAAAAUUGGUGAUAAGUAUAGGUCCUCGAAAGACAGGUGUUACAAACUCUACGAGCUGCGAUGUAUCAAAGCUUACUUCCAAAUCCAAUGGAAAGCAAGAAAAAUUGCAAUCAGAGGAAACGUCUUCCCGAGAACAGCAUCACAGCUUGCUGGGGAAGAAUAAUGACGAAAAGAGAGGGUCUCGAGGUGAAGUAGCCUCUUCAAAGGCUGAGGGAGGAUUCAUAGGAAGACACUCAGAUGGUAAAGGAGAUUUAAAUAGUGGCUCGCAUGAUUCAUUGCAGAAAGAUUCAAGGAGAUUGCUGAAACUUAGAAUAAAAAAACAUAAUCCUGAGAGCCAAGCAGGUGAAGCCCCUAGCAUUGUAUAUGAAAGAGGUAAAUCUGGUAAAGGACAUAGGUCUAAGAGGAAAAGAGCAUCACCUCCAGCUGAGAAAUCAGCGUUCAAUGAAGAUGAAGAUGUAUCGCUGUCACGUGAAGACAGUUUGUUAGACGAAAUGCUUGAUGCUAGUUGGAUUCUGAAGAAGUUGGGGAAAGAUGCGAAAGGAAAAAAGGUUCAAAUACACGAGGCCUCAGAUGAUUCAUGGGAGAAAGGAGUGGUAAGUGAAGUAGGAGGAGGAGCAGGCACAUCGAAGUUGAUGGUGACGCUGGAGAAUGGAAAAGUGAAGACGGUCGAGCUCGGGAAGCAAGGGGUUCGAUUUGUUCCUCAGAAGCAAAAGAGAACGAGAACGUGAGGCUAUCUAUUCUUGACUGUCCACAUUUAGAAACAACAUGAGCUUCUUCUACUUCUUCUUUAUCUUUUUAUACUUUUAGAAUCUGUAUGUAACUUGAUUAGCUUCUUUUUUACCUGGGAACAAGUGUAAAAGAAGAGUUACCUGCUGAGGGGAAUAAGAGGUUUAAAAUUGU